ACCAUCACCACUUAGUUUAAUGAGAUUAAUGAAGAUCUGAACAGAAAUCCCUCUCUCUGGACACUAAUGUUUGACAUCUCUUCACCCCUUAAGGGUAUUAUUGUGUUUCUGGAACUAUGUUUUAUAUUUAAAGAUGGCAAUCUUUGCCAUAGAUAACACAACCAACACCACAAAUAACAAGCUACAAAAAUCUAAACAUAAAACAAAACGUAAAAAAUCUGUUAUUGUGGCAAACAGUUGGCUGUAUAGUACAAUUCAUCUCAUCAAGGUGUACUUUAUUUUAGCCAUUUGUCAGCGCCUUUUAGCUGAAACAGUGAAAAUGUGACUACAAUGGAAAUGGGGUUAAGAACAGAAACUGUGCAUUAUGAAAUGUAAAUCUCUUUCUGGCAGAGCCUUGUGAAAUCUUGUGUAAUUGACUUAACCCAGUAUGGAGGGGUAGCCACCUCCUUCAAUACGGCCUCAUUACUCUUCCACACUCCACCUUGAUUACUUGCCCCGUGAUUCUUCAUCCUUAAACCACAACCACAGGGAAGCCAUGGGAAACGCACAGAGUGGAGGGAUUCCCAAAGAGAUUGUGGAUGACCUCAAGCUGACCACCAGGUUCUCUGAAGCUGAGAUCACCCAGUGGUAUGAGAACUUCCAGAAGCAGUGUCCUACAGGUCGCAUCACACUACAACAGUUUGAGGAGAUCUAUGCCAAAUUCUUCCCCGACAGUGAUGCCAAGGCCUAUGCCCAACACGUUUUUCGGUCCUUUGACACCAAUGAUGAUGGAACAUUAGACUUUAAGGAGUAUGUCGUUGCUCUUCACAUGACCUCCUCAGGCAAGUCGACCUUGAAGCUGGAGUGGGUCUUCUCACUGUUUGAUGUGGACAAGAAUGGUUACGUCACAAAACCUGAAGUGAUUGAACUCAGCGAGGCCCUUUUCAAACUCAUACCCAAAGACAAGCAGGCAAAUCUUCCCAGUGAUGAAAGCACGCCAGAGAAAAGAGCAGAGAAACUCUGGGCCAUCUUUGAAAAAAAGGACAAUGAGCGAGUCGCAGAGGGGGAGUUCAUCCAAGCCGUCCAAGAAAGCGAAGCUGCACUACAUCUCAUUCAGUAUGAUCAUAAAUGAUCCAACAUAAUCAUAAUCAUGUCAUGCUUGACUUCACGUGCAUUUGUUGUAUAUUAAAUGUGCUCAUUAAAGAUUCACCAUCCUUAAUUUGUGUCGCCAUUGUGUUCUGCUAGUUUCACAAAUCUUUUUAUUAAGCAAUAGGUAUCUGUUUAAAAAAUAGUGCAUUCCAUUUUGAUUGAUAUAUUUGGUAUAUUUGAUUUCUGUCAUGCAUUUGUUGAAUUAGAGGUUUGCACGGCACUUCGUUUAAUCACACACCCUAUAGAGUAAUUCUAAUAGACUUUAUUUUAGAUUGUAGUUUGUAGAUUUAUGUUCAGUUGAAGUAUGUCGUUGUUUAGUGUCUAGUGGGGUACCAAAAUGUGUUGUAAGUGAAACCGAUGAAGUUGUUGAAAUUGUUUGAUUAUUCUCCCACAUUAAGAUAUGGAGUCAUUGCUUUUUAUUUUUAUUUCAUCCAAACAAGCUUUACAUGGUUUAUUUUUGCACUAUAUUACAUUGUGUUCCUAAUAUUAUUGCAUUACAGUGCUGUAAAGAUGACGUAUCACAAGUAUUUUUUUUUUUUAGACAGCUAACGUUUUUGCAAUUGCUUGUAUACUUUAGCAUAACCUGAAUAUGCAUGCUGUAACCUAACCAUCAAAAAAACAUUCACUUAAAACAUAAGAAAAAGUGUUUCUCCUCUUUUGUCCUUUGUGAUUUUGAUUUUCUUUCAUACCAUUUCUCAUUCUCUUCAUCUCUCGCUUGAUCUCUGUCUCUUACUGGGGAGAUUAUUCACAUAAUCUUCUGUCCAGCUUUUGAAAGCAUCUGUCUAAAGCUGCUGGAAUUCCUGUUUGUUGUAAUCUGUCCAUCACUCCAUCUUGUUGUAUAUUCAGAUUAUGUGAUAUUGUGCUUGGUUCUCUUAUUAAAAAAGCAAAAUAUAAUGAAGUAAAGAAUGAUUGUACAGAUUGACAUAACCUAGAGAGCCAGAUGUCAUCCGAAUGAGCCUCCCAGACAUAAUUGAAAGCGCAAAUGUUCUUAGGAUUCCUGAAGCUAAAACCCUUGAGCUGAAUCGAGUGAACUAGUGUUGGGGUAACGCAUUACAAGUAACUUGAGUUAUGUAAUCAGAUUACUUUUU